AUGAGCGAUCCGGACAAUUAUGCAGAAGACGAGGAACUAGCAGAUUUUGUUGUCGAGGACGCGCCUGUUCUCGAAAAUACCCAUGACCAGCCUGACGCCUCCAGCGAAGAUGAAGCUCAAGUAGUAGACAGAUUGGCCGAGCUUACCUCCACACAAAGAACAAACGAAACUCCAACGAGUAGAAUUUUGAAAGCACACAUAGCAAUUCUCGUUUCUGCCUUGGGUGGUCCAGAUCAUACCUCCGAACAGGGUCUUUACAAGCUCGGACAUGAUGCUUUGGCAUGUUUGAAGGACUUGAAGCGUUGGAUCAAGUCUGUAGAUGAGAGAAACUCCACCUCUGACGUGGCCCUUGCUUGCGCUGAAUGUGGACUUUUUCAGAAUGAUCUUACUGUUAUACUCUGCCAAUGGGAUAAGCCACAAGCGGGAGUGGUUCGUACUAGAACGACUAACAAAAUCAUGAUAGCUUGUUUAGAGCUCUUGGUUCUUCUAACUUGGCCAACCGAACUAAAUAAAAAGAUCUCCCUCGAAGAAUACAGCUCAAGGGCGAAGACUCGAUUAGCCCAACUACGGUACAAACACCAUAUCUUGAAAUACAACAAUGGAAAGACCUUGAAGGCCGCUAUCAGAUUGGGACUCAAUGCUCUCAAGUUGACCCCCGAAGAGCGCGACCCUAGAGAUUUGAGUAUAUUGCGACUCAUUGUCUACUUUAUCAGGAAUAUUCUAUUUAUACAGCCUCUUCCAGCUGUCAAUGGAGCGAAAGCCGUCUCUAACUUUCUGAGCUAUCCAAGUGGAAUACAGGCAGAAGAUCUCAGUAUUUUUGCGAUCCUACCUGUUUUUGAACAAAAUAAUGUUUUAAUGUUCCUUACAUCUAUCGCUCAUUCUGUUCUGAACAGCAUUCAGGACGAGCAAUUCGGUCUUCUCGCAGUCGAGUGCCUAUACCUAUUAACUAAAGAAGUCCGAGUCGACACUCUUUACCUGAAAGUCAUUGAUCAGCAGUCCCAACAAGACACAACAAAAGUGGUUCCACCUGCUUCUGCUGCAGAUGGCCUAGACUUAUCCGCUUUACUCUCUGAGGAAGAUAAGCGAAAGAAAAAGCUGAGGAGUGCAAUGUCCUCUCGCCACGGCCGCUUUGGAACUCUUUUAUCUCUUCAGAACUCCAGUAAUGCUUCGUAUCUUGCUGUGUCUGGCCAAAAAGCCCUUGCGAGUACGUAUGACACGCUUCAAUCGCUAGAUUCCACCAAAAAGUGGCACAAAACUUCCACGUUCAAGUAUGACUCGAACUCAUUUGUCACAAGUGUUGGAAUUAAUUUGUAUGGAAAGGUCUUGAGGCUGUUCUUAACCUUUAUUGAUCACUUAUUGACGAGUGGUUCCAUCAACAACUUACUUCUGUUUGUCAGCAGACACUUCACGAAUCUUGCCAACGAUGAUAUGAAGCGCACAGGUUUGUUUCAUGUUAUUGAUAGCCACGAGCUCGCUUCAUAUUUCCUGUUGAUCUCUUGGCUAUUUGAAUUCAAACGUAAUAAAGCUUCUAAGCUAACAAAUGAAUCUCUUUCCCCCGAUGAGGAUAAUUUAGAUUAUGGCUCUGUCGGUGCAGCUCUCAGUGAGGUCAAUUUCAUCCUUUUGACAGCUUACGUUCGCUCAUCUUUCGAAGCUAGAGACUACAACUCGCUACACGUGGCUAUGAUUUGCUUUCGUGAGAUGCUCCUUAUAGCGAAUUCAAUAUUUGCCAGGCAAAGAACACAAAAGGAAAUCGAAUUGCUAUCCGAAGAAGAUAUUAACGAAGACCGAGAGUUGGCCGAAGGAAUAAUUAGAAAGUUGUUUUCACAGAAGGAGUUCCUCGACCUUUGUGUCAAUAUCCCGAAAACAGCCUAUAAACACUCACCCGAGUAUCUCAAUGUCUCCGUUUCUCUUGUUCAUAUUCUUCUUAAAUCAUUCGAGACACUUGCCAACGAAGACGUGCAUUUAUUCAUUAAAGCUCGCAGGCGAAUGCGGAAAUUACAGAAUGGCUCCGGUCUCAAUCAUCAAAUGGACCGUGAGCAUUGGCAUUUGAUAGACCGUGGUUCAGAUGAAGAGGAUGACGAAGAGGAGAUAAAAUACAUCACCCGUGAAAGAAAGCUUGACUUCAAAAAUGCAGAGGUCCGAUUCUUUCAUCCAGAAAUCGUGAGAACACAUAUAAGUUUUCUCGAGCGAUAUGAAGAUUUGUCACAUGAAGAUAUCAAACGGGGGAUCUCUUACUUUCACAGACUUUUUGUGAUGCGCAAGGAUUAUUCUGCUUUGUAUCGACUCGAUUUUGUUGUUCUUCUUUACAAAUUACAAGCAUACUUGCCACGUUCUAGUGGUAUCCGCCGCCAUGUUGACGAAUUUGUAAUCUACUUUAUGAAAAAAUUCCAGGACGCCAUUUCUGCAUUUCCAACCGCUAUUGAGUUAUUAUUUCCUCGAUUCGAUAACCUUGAGUACAAGGCCUUCUUGUCAACAGGUGAUUUGGAAGUGUUCGAUAGCAAAAAUAAUGGCCAGGGCUCCAAAACUAACAGCUACUUUGAUUCCGAUGCGAUCCAACCAAGAGCUGCCAUUGUGUAUGAAUUUGUGGAAAAUGAGAAGUCUCUUAGUGAGAAGCUUGGAGCAUUGACAUACCAUAUCAUGAAGAAAAAGAACACUACGAAGCUCCUCACACUACUUUCUGAAGAGUUUAUGAGAAUUCAUGAAGCAGCUAAAAGAGGCGCGAGAAGCGAAUUGUUUGUUCGAUUAAACCUUGCAAAUAGGAGAUUAGUUGUUUCAGAACCACUUGUCAGACUUCUACUUCUGACUGUUGGGUUCGAUUUACCAUUUCUCCAAAAUGAUGAAACAGUGUUCAGGAUUGAUAGCAAUAUUGAGGUUUUAAAAGAGGGCGCUGAUUUAUUGAAAUACUGGUUGGCACAACACCAGAGGGGUGCCGGUGAUAUUGAACCGUUUUUGGAUCAAUUUCAACGUGUCAUCUUUUCCGGCGAAGAAAUUGCAUUUGGCAAGAAGGCACUUGAAUUGGAAAGAGGGGGAAUUGCAAUUGAUCCUAGCGACCCUAUUGUACAAGCAGUCGGCAUGCCGAGAGCUAGCAUACUCGUUGGUCUAGCCCGCAGAAGGGAGUAUGACGAGCAAGUAUCAGCUAAAUUUUAUCCUGAAGAUCUUGCACAUUCGUUAUCUGACUUAAGUGACGGCGAAUUCGUCGAGUCUCAUACCUCGCGCCGAACUAAGAGAAAUACGACUCGUGAUGAAUUUGAAAAUGGACUUGAUUCUGCUGAUGACGAACCUGCCAAAAAAAGAAGAAGAAAGAGCAAAAAGUCAGGAACGCGGAAUGAGCGUACAAAAGAGGAUGAAGCUCCACCUAAACCAGUAAUUUCCGCCGAACUUGUUGCUGAUUCUGAUGACGAUUCCGACAGCGAGGAAAAUCGCCAAUUCUUCGAGCAAGAGGAGAGACUUCGAGAACUCAUAGCAGCUAAAGGAGGUAUUGCAAACAAGGAUGAAUUAAUUGCUUUCCAGCAAUCCUGGUCCAAAUUGAUUACGCCACUGGCUACUGUGAAUGUCAUAAAAGCGGUGACAAGCGCCUCUCGAUUGUUUGUUAGUGACCUGGAUGACGAGGACGAUGCAAUUCAUGAAUCCCCCGAGGAGAUAUCUCUGAAAGUUCUGCUGCUAAAUUCAGUGCCGCUGGAAGGCACAAAGCUGUCUUUUGAAGGAAGCGAUCGAACGGUACGAAGAAAACGAGUAAUUGAAGAUGAUGAAGAUGAUGAAGACUAG